GAUGAAAUUGUAACAAUGAAAAUGAGAGAUCACAUCAUUAUCAGUGGAUCUGCGGAUGGGACAGUAAAAGUGUGGAAUGGAGAGAGCGGGGAAAGUCUACACACCCUGUGCGGCCAUAUUGAUCCUGUCAGCUGUGUAUUUAUCCACGAGAGACGGGUAGAGAGCGGGUCACGUGAUCACACCAUCCGAAUUUGGGAUAUUGAGACGGGACAGUGCUUAGACGUUCUCACGGUGCAGCUACACAAUAUCACAUAUAUUCACUAUGAUGGGGAAAGGGUGGUGAGUGUUGAUGGCACAGACAGCGGCACCCUAAAUUUCUGGGACCCCAAAACUCAGAGCUGUUUGAUCACUUUCCCAAGUCCCAUUUACCAGCACAUCCAACACUCGGAGCUGAAAGGCUCGCGGCUAUUACUGGUCACUGGUACAAUAACAGUGUGGGACACAGGGGAGCCCAUCCAAACAAUAACCCACCUUCAGAUCUACACUCAAGGUCAAUAGCCUCGUCUCUAGCCCCGCGGGACAACUCACCACUUUAUUACAAAAUGAAGGGGACUUAGACUUGUUAAAACACUCCGAGAAGUUGCGGAACUAUUUACAAAACGUGCGAUGCCACAGACGGUUUGGGCAGAUGCCUCGCUGGGGUAUAAACCCAAACUUCAAUAUGGAGCCAGUGAUAAGGAGACAUCAGACUGUCUAUGAGUUCCUGGUCUCUAGCCCAAAACUCUUCUGCUUCUUUGUGCGGAAUAGUCGGCACGUGCACAUGCUGGUGCUGGACUUUGA